CGUGGCGUGGACGUGGCACUCUCCUGCAGCCUCCUGGGGCCCCCGGCCAGGCGCUCGGUGUGGUCUGGCCCUGCCCCUCAGGGCAUCCUGCACUGGCCAUGCCUGUGCCCACAGAGGGCACCCCGCCGCCCUUGAGUGGCACCCCUGUCCCUGUCCCUGCCUACUUCCGCCACGCUGAACCUGGCUUCUCCCUCAAGAGGCCUGGGGGGCUCAGCCGGAGUCUCCCGCCACGGCCCCCUGCCAAGGGCAGCGUCUCUGUCAGCCGCCUGUGCCCCCCACGGGCCCCCCACUGGCACCAGCCCUGGCCGCGGAGGGUGUCCUUCCUGGGCGAGGCCCCUGACACCCUGCAGGGCCCCAGCUACGACCCCAGCCGGCCCGAGUCCUUCUUCCAGCAGAGCUUCCAGAGGCUCAGCCGCCUGGGCCGCGGCUCCUACGGGGAGGUGUUCAAGGUGCGCUCCAGGGAGGACGGCCGGCUGUACGCGGUGAAGCGCUCCGUGUCGCCUUUCCGGGGCCCCAAGGACCGGGCCCGCAGGCUGGCGGAGGUGGGCGGCCACGAGAAGGUGGGCCGGCACCCGCACUGCGUGCGGCUGGAGCGCGCCUGGGAGGAGGGCGGCGUCCUGUACCUGCAGACCGAGCUGUGCGGGCCCAGCCUGCAGCAGCACUGCGAGGCCCGGGGCGCCGGCCUCCCCGAGGCGCAGGUCUGGGGCUACCUGCGGGACUCCCUGCUGGCGCUGGCCCACCUGCACAGCCAGGGCCUGGUCCACCUGGACGUCAAGCCCGCCAACAUCUUCCUGGGGCCCCGGGGCCGCUGCAAGCUGGGCGACUUUGGGCUGCUGGUGGAGCUGGGCUCGUGCGGCGCGGGCGAGGCCCAGGAGGGGGACCCACGGUACAUGGCCCCCGAGCUGCUGCAGGGCUCCUACGGGACGGCGGCCGAUGUGUUCAGCCUGGGCCUCACCAUCUUGGAGGUGGCCUGCAACAUGGAGCUACCGCACGGCGGGGAGGGCUGGCAGCAGCUGCGCCGGGGCUACCUGCCCCCCGAGUUCACGGCCGGCCUGUCUCCUGAGCUGCGCGCUGUCCUCGUCAUGAUGCUGGAGCCCGACCCCGAGUUGCGGGCCACGGCCGAGGCCCUGCUGGCCUUGCCCACGCUCCAGCAGCCGUGGCCCUGGGGUGUCCUACGAUGCCUGGCGGCCGAGGCCCUGCAUCGAGGGUGGGCGCUGUGGCAGGUGAGCCAGCAACGGGCACAGGCGGCCUCCCCGGCCCCCAGGCUCCCCAGCUUCCACGGCCCCUCUCCUGCAGUCCUCAGCCCCUGCCCGCGUCGGGGCGGGGCUGGGCUUGCCGCCCCCACCCAUCCCCACCGUGGCCUUGGGCCUCCACAAAACCCACUUUUCUCGCCCCCUGCCAGACCCUCGCUCUCCCCGGAGGUCAUCCUGGCCAGGUCUGCUGGGAGCACCUCCACGCCCCGGAGCAGGCACACCACGAGGGAUCCCCUGGACCUCAGUGACAUUGACUCUGAGCCGCCUCGGGGCACCUUCCCCUCCUUUGAGCCUCGGAACCUCCUCAGUCUGUUUGAGGACUCACUGGGCCCAACCUGAGCCGCACCGGCCUCGGUGCUUUUAACCGCUUAGCCCCCUCCGCCU